AUGGCCGCGAAGCAUCUGAUUAUCAAGAAAAUGAUCACCAACGGCAAAAAGGAUUUGCGUGUGUCGGGUUUGAGCGAGGUGCGCGACGAACACAUCGAAAUCUUACGAAAAUCCUACGUUCUGGACCUGUCGAGCAACGGCAUAUCCCAUUUGCCGCCGUCGUUCUCCACACUGAUCACCAUCAGGGCGAUGGACCUGGGCCAGAACAAGCUGACCGAAUUGCCCGACAACUUUGGCGAUCUGGUCAAGCUCAAGUAUUUAAAUUUGCGCCAGAACAAACUGGAACAUCUGCCUCAGAGCUUUCGCAACUUGAAACAACUUAUAUGGCUGAACUUACGAGAUAAUCCACUGUUACCGACUGUCGCGUUGAUCGCCGGACCUUGUCUGGAUCUCAGACAGUGUCUGAGGUGUGCCGAAAAUGUUGUCAAUCUAAUCGCAAAAUUCCAGUGGAAAAUUAAGUUGGAACUGGCCCAAAGGCACAGGCAUAAAUUGAAACAAUUGGAAAUGAUAAUACGGGAGAAACAACAUGACGAAGAGAAGGCAAAGAUAGGCAAUCAAGUUGCAGUUCCUCAGGAAACGAGGAGUUUUAUUUGGAUAUUUCUAAAUUACAUUAAUAGCAUUGCUAUUGUAGCCAGUGUUUUACUGAGCAAGAUACGGGGGAUAUAUUAUUCUAUGGUAACGAAAUUAUGUAAUUCAAUAAUAUGGCACUAUUAA